AUGAUGAACGCAUCUCGAGUGGAUCGUGACCGUGUUCGAGAUGGUCCGAUGACGUACCAUGAAACGGUUGAUAUGAUAACAGAGCUUUUGGAAUGUGCCUUCCACACGAUCUUAUGUGUUCGCCGAGUAUACCCCACGAAUGCGUUUGUGAGGCGCCGAAUGUAUGAUACGCCCGUAUAUGAGAGCCGGCAUCCAGGCCUCAGUGAAUAUAUCUACAGCGUUGUGCAAGCCAUUGGGCGUGAGCUAGAGGAGUCGACAGUACGUCAGGUUAUCCUGGCAAUAUACAAUGAAGAUGCGCCAGAUGAAGCACUCGAGGAAUUUGUUUUUGUGCUUACCUUCCUUCUUUCAGACGCUGACAAGCGCGACCGAGAUCUUGUAAUUCGUGGAAACAUAUCGAGAGCUACUGCGGAGCUUGUUGCGCGACAAUUUCUCCUGCAGAUUCUCACAUGUGAGUCUCGUCUAGAGCCCAUGGCCUCGGAUCGGCCUCGCACAUUCCGCAUCUUGCUGGAUGUAGCAGAGGGAUGUGCACCAUCAGGUGGCAUUGACGAACCGACCUUCGGGGCAUGGGUCCCAGCUAGUGGUAUACCAUUUAAGGCCAACGCCCAGGAUGAUGGUAUUGCUACGGUAUCUACGACAGCUCACAACAGUGUGGAAUCGAUGCCUCUGAUACAUCCUCUGCAUAUCCUGGAGUCAGGCAUUAUACAUAUGGCGCUGCAUGUGGAAGAGUCGCGUGAGCGUAAAGAAUACACAAAAGCUUAUGUGCCGAGCGCAUUCACGUCAAGCCAGCACAGCAGCACACCGGCUGCGUCUUUGCCGCGUGAUUUGGACGAUCCUGCCAUGGACGAGUACGAUCCAAGUCAGGUUCCCGUACGCAAGCGCAAGCUCUAUGCACAGGUUCAGGGAGGAAACGGGCCCAUGUCUGACGAGUCUAGUGAGUCGUUCUCGAGCGAUGGGGGACAUAGUGAUACAAAUUAA